UCAGUUCCAAGCAGUGCCUAGAGAGGUAACAUCUUGCCUAUUUGAGAUGCGGAGCGUCCUCCAUUCGCCUCAGGAACCGCAGGAGAUGUGUAGACGAUGGAAACUGCAUCAGUGCGUUCUUUCAUAAGGAGGAACCGCAUGUAGGCUACUUUGAUAAGCUUACAAGGCAAUUGUCUUUUUGACCCCCUUUUGUUGGUUCGUUUCAUUCACCUUAGAGAGCCGCUCUGCGGAUACAGACGUGAACAGUUCUAUAGCGUCCAAGUCACCAGCUGGAUGACAGAGCACUGCCACUGAGAGGAGUUGAUGAUGGUCUUCGGAUACAGCUCGUAAACGGAAUCGAUGGGCAGUUGGAGCAUUUUAGAGCCAUGGAACCGUUACCAUGAUAACACUGCAGUUUGGGAUCCGCGGCAAAUUUCCAAGGUUUUAGGGAAAGCAAAAACAGUAUUGACUGAAAAUUGCUGAAAAAUAAUUAGACCGUGUAUAUACGAUAUAUCGGAGUCGUUUCAAACUUCAGGGCCAAGAGACAUAUCUCUUCAGAGGUAGCUAUUUUUCACUUGACUCAUUAAUCAACCACAGACUGCUUGGAUUUAGGCACUGCUGCUUACGAGCUGUGGAACAUAGAUGAUGCACGUUUUAUCACAUAAGGCUCGCAUUUAGGGCGAAAUAGCCUGCGCUCUCUAAUAUAGGCUACAUUACAUGCUGAACACACGCCCGUGGAUUCCAGUUGUUCGGGAUAACUAAACUGGAUUUUCCCCCAUCGGAAUACCAGUUGAGAAGAGGCAAUGCUGGGAGCCCCGUGAUUUUUUUUUCUGUCCAUGGGGAAAAAAGAAUUCGACGGUGCCGAUUGAACUUGGGCGAAAAUGCUGCUCUGACUUGCUUGGGAUUUUUAAAUUCUUGAAUAUUUUGAAUAUUUUUGUAUUUCUGUUUUUAUUCAUAGACCUGUUCCAUCACCCUAAACGCGGUAGCCUACCCCACAAAACACCUAAUCGUAGGCUACAUGGAUUAGGGUACAACGUGUCGAAUGUCGAAGCUCCUGUGGAUUUUUUUAUUUUAUUUUUCAGCCCCUUACGUUUCAGCGUUUUAUAAAUGAACCUUGAGAAUUUAAACCAAGAGGAGGAACUGAAAGGAAUGUUAAGCAGCUGUGACCAUCACUGGGAACAACCAUGUACCGUAGACCGUCUAAUUCCAGAGAUUUGGAGAGCGAGGAACAGCAGCUGAUAAAUUAUGAAUGUUGAACAAGAUGACCUCUUACCAUUGGAACCAGAUGAUGAGAGGUCCUAGAUGGAAAGGAGCCGUGUCUGACCCACUCUUCGUGCUGCUGCUGUUUUUGCAGCUGUUGGUGGUGGCUGGGUUGGUCAGAGCCCAGACGUGUCCGUCGGUGUGCUCCUGCAGCAACCAGUUCAGCAAGGUCAUCUGCACGCGCCGAGGACUGCGCGACGUGCCCGAUGGCGUAUCCACAAACACGCGUUACCUGAACCUCCAGGACAAUCUCAUCCAGGUCAUCAAGGUGGACAGUUUCAAGCACUUGCGCCACCUCGAGGUCCUGCAGCUCAGCAAGAACCACAUCCGGAGCAUCGAGAUCGGGGCGUUCAAUGGACUCGCCAGUCUCAACACGCUGGAGCUUUUCGACAAUCGCCUUACUACCAUUCCCAAUGCAGCCUUCGAGUACCUGUCCAAGCUGAAGGAGCUGUGGCUGAGGAACAACCCCAUUGAGAGCAUCCAUGCCUACGCCUUCAACCGCCUCCCGUCCCUGCAGCGGCUCGACCUGGGCGAGCUCAAGCGGCUCUCCUACGUCUCCCAGGCGGCGUUCAAAGGCUUGAGCAAUCUGCGCUAUCUCAACCUGGGCAUGUGUAACCUCAAGGAGAUCCCCAACACCGUGCCCCUAGAGAGGCUGGAGGAGCUGGAGCUCUCGGGCAACCAGCUCUCGGUGCUGCAGCCCGGCUCCUUCCGGGGGCUCGCCAACCUCAAGCGGCUGUGGAUGAUGCACGCGCAAAUCCAGACCAUCGAGAGGAACUCCUUCGACGACCUGCAGUCGCUGAUCGAGCUCAACCUGGCCCACAAUAACCUCACCCUCCUCCCACACGAGCUCUUCAAUCCCCUGCAGCGCUUAGAGAGGGUGCACUUACACCACAAUCCUUGGAAUUGCAACUGCGACAUACUAUGGCUUAGCUGGUGGCUGAAGGAGGUGGCUCCAGCUAAUGUUAGCUGCUGCGCCCGCUGCUACUCACCGGUCAACUACAGGGGACGAUACAUCGGAGACCUUGACCAGAGCUAUUUUCAGUGUCAUGCUCCUAUCAUAGCAGAGCCACCCACAGACCUUAACGUUACAGAGGGGAUGUCUGCAGAACUCAGAUGUGGAACAAACACAUGGACCUCAAUCACCUGGCAGACGCCAAAUGGCUCUAUGAUAAAUAUUGGUGCUGUCCUCUCGAGAAUCUCCAUUCUCAAUGACGGGACGCUGGUCUUUUCCAAUGUUUCAAUGGGGGACAUAGGGAGGUAUACGUGCAUAGUUGUCAACAUGGCAGGCAACACGUCUGUGUCAGCUUUUCUAAACGUGACGUCUAUAGAGAACAGUGGCGUCACCUACUUCACCACGGUCACUGUCGAAACAAUCGAGUCAAUUGAAGAGGGCAGGACCCCCGUCCAGCCGGCCAACAGCUGGGCGUCGUCCUCCACAACCAGGGGGACUCCAGUCGCCACGGAGAGAGCCUACACGAUCCCUGUGACAGACAUCGACGCGGAGAGUGUCGAUGGUCUGGACGAGGUCAUGAAGACUACCAAGAUCAUUAUUGGCUGCUUUGUAGCGAUCACACUCAUGGCUGCUGUCAUGCUCAUUAUCUUCUAUAAGAUGCGAAAGCAGCAUCACCUGCAGGAUCCCGACGGCCCCACUCAGACCAUAGAGAUCAUAAACGUGGACGAGGAGCUAACAGGGAUUCCCUCCCUAGAGAACCAUCUGACUCUGCCCCACCUGGGGCAUGACCACUACAAUCAUUACAAUUCCUAUAAGACUCCUUAUAACCACGGCCCCACAAUCAGUUCCUUGCAUACUUCAGCGCAUGAACCUUUACUAAUCCAAGCCAGCUCAAAAGACAAUGUUCAAGAGACGCAAAUCUAGUCUGUCUGAGUUGGAAAUAAUGGGUUGGCAUUGGACUAUGUGUGUUUGGAAGAGGUAGUGGAAUCGAAUGAAAAAAAGAAUUUAGUGUCUCACUAAAUUUGUAGAAAAUUGGUGGUUUCAUUUAGAUGUCAAGGUGUGGUCCGUCUUUAAUGGAUUACAUGAAUGUCAUUUCAGAGGUGAGAUUAGGAUCAUAAAAUGUAGGAAUAAUUCAACCAAUGGACAGAAUCCUUCAGUGUAAAACAACAGGUGGACUUGUCGAGGGAGAGAGACAACAUUUAUCAAUGUCAUUGAGAAGAUGUAUGUACUCUUUAAACAAGUGUCUUUACAAAACAAAAGUUAUUUAUUUAAAAUAUAUGUAGUGGCUGAGUCAAGGAAGAAAAAGAACAUUUUUCAAUCAGCACUUAUCGUUUUCUUUUAUGUUUCUUUGGGGAAAAAAUGGUUUACCUAAUAUGUGUGCACAUUAGUGUUCAGCAAUGUAACUUUUUGGAAAUCCAAAAUCAUUACAUCUGAAAACACACACGCUUUUCAAGAUAGUUGAAACACUGACGCUGCUAUUUUCAUAUAGAAAAAAAUGCUGCAUCUCUGAAAAAAAUGCUACAAAUUCGAUAACUUAAUUCAACAAUAUAACCAGGCUAUCACAAUCCCUUAUUCCCUACAAAUAUUUAUUUUCAGUAAAGAGCUAUAAUUGAAGUUUUAUACAGUACCUGAGUCAUGUCCAUCUGAUGGCUGAAUGUGAAGACUAGCUCUUAUCUUCUGGCCUCCUAUACCAUGACUGUGGGUUGUAUAAGGAGAAGACAUAACUACCUACUGAAUCACUUUAAAUACCAGCUGCUGUACAUGCCAUAUGGAGAAAGUGAAUGCCAACAUUAAACAUGUGCAUUUAUGUGAUAAAACAUAUUCAGAACUUACAUAUCAACGUUUCACUCUCAAUCUGUUUUUGUUGCAAGCAUUCAAUUACAUUCACAGUUUUCAUAGUUCAUGCCCUCCUGAUAUUCCAGUUAUGUACCCUUGGAUGUUUUUUCUUACCGUAAAAGCCCAGAAUGGGAUAAAAGCCAGGCUCUAAAAUUGAAAUGCAUCACUCUCUAUCAAAGCUACUGUAAGAAAAUAAGUGAAUGUGGGAUGGUCAAGAAUUCAAAUUAGCUGCACAUUGUCUGUCUAUACCAGAGCAAAACCAACCCAGGCAUCUAAAGAAACAGGACAUAUAAAACACGUAUAUAUAGUCAGCCCGCUGUCUACUUCUCAUGUCAGAUAUGUGGAGAUAGUGUGAUGAAGGUCCAAUGCUAGAUUGUCUUAAAUAGCAAUGCAAUGACUUUUUGCAGUCAAAGCUUUUCCAAUAUAAUUUUGAAAAGUGAGAACUCUAUUCUGUGCAGGAAGGGUGGCAGACCAUUAUUUAAAAAAAAAAAAAACAUCUGUCAGUCUAGAUGUAGCCACAGCUAACAGUCACUACAAUUUGGCCCUUUGCCCCAUUGGAGGACUUCAAGUUAAACACCCUCAAUAAUUCAUAUUUAACACUUUGGCCCAGGGGGCCGUGUCGAUGCUGCUCUGUGAAAAUGACUUACCUUUGGUGGGAGAGAUCCACAUAAGACUUUUGAAAGGCUUUGAUCCUUUUGUUUUGUAUACAAUUAUUACACAAUGCACAUCGUUGGCUUGAAAAAGAUCAAGGAGGCUACUGUGUACGUAUGAAGCAAUAAUGUAAAAAGUGUUAUUUCAUGAGGGAAAAACUAAAAUCAGUUAAUUUUUGUUAUAAAUUAUUUAUAUGUAUUAUUUAUUUUAAACAUAUGUAAAUGGUACCCCACAGAAUAAAAAAAAUGGUGUUGAGAGCGCUCUAUAAUAGAGGUGGAUAAGUAGUAGCCUACCUGUUUCUUUCUUUGAGGAUAGAGGUGAAUAAUGUAGAACUCCUUUAAGUUCUCCAAAUCAAAUGCAGUUGAUGAGGUCAAGGGGGACCCAUUUAUACACCAAACUGUCAGAGGUCCCUUUCAAGCCAGAGUGAAAUAACUUCUGACAUAAAAAAUAAAAUGUUAGGGUAACCAUGGAAACUAAACCAUCAUGGCUGGCAGACCUGUUCUAAAACAUUUCACUGAAAGGCUAUUGAAGAAUAUUGAACAAAUAAACUAAUCUUUCAAGAAGAGUAUUUGGCCAUGGUACUUAGUUAUGUAUAAUUAGAUUUAUUUAGAUUUAAUCUUAUAUCAUUAUUCUUUUUAACCUGGGUUAAGUCUUCAUGUUGUGUUUCUAACCACUUCUCCACUGUCCUACAUCCCCUUGUCUUAUGUUAACCCCAGCCUAAAGUGUUAACCUGCUCUGUUAUGUAUUUGUCCUCCUGAACAUCCAACUGAAGAUAUCUAAAUAGUUUUUAUAAUUCCCUUGUUACCAAACAUGAUAAUUGCAAACAAAAAUACAAACAUCAUUACCAGUACCAAUAAAAGUGUAUUUCUCUCACACUUGGCCAAGAGGUCUGUAGCUCAAAUGUAAACCAUUGUUUCCCUUUUUCUCUUUUUGUUUUUAUUUUGUUUGUAAAAUAGGGUAUGGGAAGAAAAAAAAAGAAAAAAAAUAAUUGUUUCCUUUGGUAGUGUACAAUACUGUAGGGUUGGGUGGGUGUGGUUGUUUCCAUUUCUUUGACUUAAAAUACUUUGAAUGAUUUGAGUACUGGAAUCCUUGUUGUGUGUGUCGUUCUGAAGUACAUGCUCCAGUAACACCUCAGCCCGUCCUGUUCAACCUUAUAACUCACGGCUGUCAAUCCAAAAAACACUGGACUGCAAAAUUUAUAGGAUGAAUUGAAAGUGGGGCGAUUCAAGGCUGACUGGCUAAACUGGCUUUUUAAGACAAUGUACUUAACUUGACAGCUCAUAAAAUAACAUUGCUAUAUCCAUGUGCUUUACUGUCACCCUAUGAAUAAUUGAGUCACCAGAUUGUUAAAAAGCUCAGACCGUGUCUUCUCAAGGCGAGAGCUAUCGGAGGAACAAUGUACAUUCCAUUAGGCUGCACAUGUAUGUCUGUUUUCAUGUGGUAAUUACUUCAGCGUCGACUGCUGGUUCUGCUGCAACUGGUAGCAUGGCCCUGAAUGCCUUCACAGUUGCAGCGGUAACAUGGCCGGAACACUGGUGUAGUUAUUUGCGAUCACAUGCGUGUAUACAUGCUACCUAAUGACGAGUGCAAUUCAUCAUUGCAUCCUCUUUUCUCAUUUCUUCUUUUUUUCUGAAGGACAAGAGAUUUCUUUAGUGGUGGACUUUCAUGGAGUCCUUUUCACACCAAAUCUUUUUCCAAGUCAGUUUUGCUGUCUCAUGUGUAGACCAUUGAAUAACAAUAAGGUCACUGCUGUGAAGUCGUUUCCUUACAUUUCCAAAAAAAGUCAUUUAUUAAUUCAAGAGAUUGUACUGAACUUCAUACCCAAAUAAAAAAAAUAAAAUGUGUCUUUUUACAA